AUGUCUCUUCCAACUCGCCGCCUCGGAACGGAUGGCCCUCUUGUCACAGCCAUUGGCUUUGGCGCAAUGGGCAUCAGCGCCUUCUACGGAUCCACAGAGCCCGACGAGCAACGUCUCAAGGUCCUUGACCAUCUCUACGAAACUGGGGAGAGAUUCUGGGACACUGCGAAUGUCUACGGAGACUCUGAGGAGCUCAUUGGCAAAUGGUUCGAGCGCAACCCCGAGAAGCGCAAGGACAUUGUGCUGGCAACCAAGUUUGGAAACCGGGGCACCGAUACUCCCAACAAUGAUCCCGAGUAUGCUAGGCAGUGCGCCGAAGAAAGUUUGAGGCGCCUGAAGACGGAUUAUAUCGAUCUGUACUACGUGCACCGGGUCGACUCUAAUACCCCUAUUGAAAAGACUGUUAGGGGCAUGGUUGAGCUUAAAAAGAAAGGCUGGAUUCGGCAUCUGGGCCUCUCGGAGGUCUCAGCUGAUACUCUCAGACGAGCCCAUGCUGUGCAUCGCAUCGCUGCCGUCCAGAUGGAGUACAGCCCCUUUGCCCUCGAAAUUGAAUUGCCAGAGACAAACUUGCUUAACACUUGCAAAGAGCUCGGCGUCGCUGUCGUUGCCUACUCUCCUCUCGGCCGCGGCAUGCUUACCGGACAAAUCAAGGGGCCCGAAGACUUCGAGGAGGGCGACUUUCGAAAGAACAUUCCUCGCUUCUCUGCUGAAAACUUCCCGAAGAACUUGCAGCUCGUUGCCGAUUUGCAGGCGAUUGCGGCUCGGCAUAAUGCUACCAGUUCGCAGUUGGUUCUUGCGUGGCUCCUGAAGCAGUGGGACAUGGUUAUUCCAAUUCCCGGCACCAAGAAGAUCAAGUACUACGAUGAGAACAUGGGGGCACUGCGGCUUGAGAUCAGCGACGAGGAGAAUGCCGAGAUCAGGAAGGCUAUUGAAAAGGCGACGAUUAUUGGAGACAGGUAUCCUCCAGGGUGGUCUGCAGGUCUUUUUGUAACCACCGUUCCAUUGAAGGAGUAG